AUGGGUAAAGUACGCGAAAAUAAAAAGCACGUUAAUUACGCUAGAAAAAAUAAGUUCAAAACCUCUGAAGAGCGCCGUAAAAGAACAGUUAGUAAUGCUGCGAAACGGAAUUCCGUCCAAGAAGAGCCACAAUUAUAUUUCCCACAUCAAAACUUGAAGCAGUACAAGCGAUCCAAAUUACAUCUUUCCUUGAGUGAAGAGGAGGAAGAAAUCAAAAUAUUAAUUCAACGUUACUCUAAAGAAUCUUCACGCGUUACCGGUACAAUUGAAACAUUCAAAGAUAUCCCCCUUUCGCAAAAAACACUCACUGGCUUAAAUGAGUCGAAUUUCACCAGGCCUACCAUCAUUCAACGAGAAUCUAUUACACCUGCAUUGUGUGGUAAAGAUAUUGUGGCAGCAGCGAAGACAGGCAGUGGCAAAACAUUAGCAUUCGUAGUUCCCAUCCUGGAACGGUUAUUUGUUGAAAAAUGGACCCGCAUGGAUGGUCUUGGGGCACUUAUAAUUACUCCUACACGAGAACUUGCUACACAAAUAUUCGAAACGACGGCACAAGUUGGAAAACAUCACGAUUUUACCACUGGUCUACUAAUUGGCGGACAAAAUCUAAAAAUCGAACGAAAUCGGCUACACAACCUGAACAUCGUAAUAGGCACGCCGGGCCGAUUAUUACAGCAUAUGGAUGAAAACCCUUCAUUUGAUACAACUAAUUUGAAGAUUCUGGUGUUGGACGAGGCUGAUAGAUGCUUGGACAUGGGAUUCGCAGCGACAAUGAAUUCCAUAAUCGAAAACCUUCCGGAUGUCCGUCAAACUUUACUGUUCUCUGCCACACAGACAAAUUCGGUUCGUGAAUUAGCUCGAGUCAAACUCGUAAAUCCCACCCGUAUUGCUCCACACGAGCAUGAACAAAUCGCUACCCCUAACAAGCUGCAGCAAAGCUACGUGGUAGUAGAUCUUUCUGCUAAAUUAACUAUGUUAUGGUCUUUUUUGCAUACCCAUCCAAAGCAAAAAAUCAUAGUUUUCUUUUCUACUUGCAAACAAGUGAAGUAUUUCUAUCAAGUUUUUAAAAAGAUGCGUCCUGCGUCGUUGCUCCUUCCAUUGUAUGGAGGAAUGAAUCAAGAAAAACGUAAUAAGAUGUAUGCCGAGUUCUGCAAAAAGAAAACAAACGUGUGUCUGAUGGCGACAGACGUGGCAUCGCGUGGACUAGAUUUUCCCAAAGUAAACUGGGUAGUGCAAAUGGACUGCCCAGAAGAUGUUGUCCAAUAUAUUCAUAGAGCCGGACGAACAGCAAGGUUAAAUAUCAGUGGCGAGAAUUUACUCGUAUUGUUGCCGCACGAAGCUCUUGGUAUGCUGAAAUUGCUAGAUAGCAGUAAAAUACCCAUAAAGGAAAUAAAAAUUGAUGAGCGGCAAUUGUUUUCACCUCUGGCAAAAAUCCAAUCACUCCUCGCUCAAUUUCCUGAAUUAAAAGAAUGCGCGAAACGUGCAUUUGUUGCUUACAUUAAGUCAGUGGCAUUGAUGAAGAAUAAAGAGGUUUUUCAAUUGCAAAAAUUGAACCUCGAUGAGUUUGCACGAUCAUUGGGAUUAAGCAUUACACCUCGUGUACGCUUUAUUUCGCGCACAUCAGAAAGAGGUUGUCAGGCGAUAUCAAACAACAAAAGUUUUAUCGCCGUUACUGAAUCCAGAGAUAGCAGUGAGGACGAUGAUCAGGAUGUAGAUGAUUUUCUGCAAGUAAAGCGCAUCGACAAUGAUUUCGAACGGUCAACAAAUUUCGAACAAAACAACAAAAUGGAAAACUCCUAUGCUGCAUCUAAUGUAAUACACGCAAUUGGAACAAGGAAACGAAUAUCUAGGCACAAAAUAAUGAAAAAGUCCUUGUCCAUUAGCAAACGUACCGCAUUCGACGAUGAUGGCAUGCCGGUUACCCUUGAUGAUGGACAGGAAAAUGAUGCUUACGAUUUAAUGGAGGCACGCUUAAGGCUGGAACAGCAAGAUGCGGAAGAUAAAAAGCGCUACAAAGCGUUGAAGAAAGCAAAACGUGUUACUGUAAAGGAAAAAGAACGGCAACUGAAAGGAAAUGAUUUCUGCGCCGCGGCUGAUGAUUUCGGUGGUGAAACCGAUGCUAGCGUGGAUCUAGAUUGGCUUCCAGAUCCGGACAAAGUGUAUGGUACAAAACAUGCAAAAGAAACGCUAAGUGAAACGGCACAACUUGAAAAUAGUCAACACAUGAUGCCGUCCGAAAAGAGAAAACGAAAGUUGCUGCAAAAUACCCGUGCAUUAACUUUGAACGAUACAGAACAAUUGGUAAUGGACAUGUUGAAGUAA